GUGAGCUUUACGAGAUGUGAGCUGUCAGUGAGCGUGAGCCCCUGAGCUGAGCGGGGGUGGAGGUGAGAUCGGUAAGAUCGGCUCAUCGGACUCAUCUCACAGCUCAUCUGCCACCGUUUCCUCACGGACCGGGCCGACCCUGAGAGCGGCCGGCUGGGCCUUAUAAGCGGCUGAGCACUGCUGUACGGUAUCAGUUCUCUGCUGACCGACACACAGCCAACAUGCAGAUGUUCGUUGCUCUCCUGCUGGUGGCGGCUGCCUCGGCGGCUCCGCAGUUCGAGCCUCAGUUCACCAGUCCCAUCCAGCCCUUCCAGCCGGAAGUCCGCAUUGUCAGCCAGAGGUUCGACCAGGAUCAGGUUGGAAACUACGAGUACGGAUACCAGCAGGACAACGGACAGCAGGCCCAGGAGGUCGGUCGCGUUGCCCCGGGAUCACAGCCAGAGACCGGAACCCUGGAGCAGCAGGGCAGCUACGAGUACAUCGGCGAUGACGGCAACACCUAUCGGGUAGACUACUUGGCCAAUGAGGGUGGCUUCCAGCCGCAGGCCGCCCACCUGCCAGUGGCGCCGGCUCAGAUUCCCGAGUACGCCCAGCUGAGGCAGGAGCACCCGGAGCUGUUCUGGGCUGAGAACGCUGUGAAUCUCGGCCAGACGCAAUUCAUCUAAUCAAUUAUCAGCUCACCUCCUAAUCGUCCUUGGGCACCAGAUAUCAUGUCUGUCCUCAAAAACUCUUAGAGAUGGACCAAGACAGCAAUGAGGUCAAGGUUCAUUGAUCUUUAUUCAACUCCUUACAUCUCCCCGUCAUUUUUAUUAUACAUACUGUUUCAAUCCUCAGUCUCCUUCCCCCGACUGUUAGCUACUGGAAUGAUUGAGUUGCCAGUCGAAUGUGGUUGCAAUACAAUGUUGUGGUGCCUU